GAUGCCACACUCGGUUUGUGAAAUGUAAUUACAGCAGGUUACAAGUUGUCCGAGCAAUAGUCGUAGUUUGACCCUUCUAGUCCUAAUGCCUCAUGUAUAGGCACAGCUGCUGCAAUUUGAAGUUCUCUAACUAGGGGGAUGACCUUACACUAUUCACUAUCCAUCUCUUUAAGAACCAGUCCUUCAAAAAUCCAAAAUCCAAUCAGAAAGAAGUUCAAGCACAAGAGAUAUAUGCAAAAAUGGCUGAUGAACAGGCAAAGGCAGAGCGCGAGCGCAUAUUCAAGUGCUUCGACUUGAAUGGCGAUGGCAAGAUCUCUGCAGCAAAGCUCGGAGACUGCUUGAAGACGCUCGGUUCAGUCACACCGGAGGAGAUUAAACGAAUGAUGGCUGAGAUCGAUACCGAUGGAGAUGGCUACAUUUCUUUUGAGGAAUUCACAGACUUUGCCAAGGCAAACAGUGGCCUCAUGAAAGAUGUUGCCAAGAUAUUCUGAUACUUCUAUCCACCAAUGCUGGUGACCAUGUGAGAGCCACAUUUUGAUAGCAAUCCAACUGAAGAUGUCUUAUGGUAGAUAAGUGUUUUCUUUUUGUCUUUUAAAGUUCUCUCAUAUCAUAUGAGGUCUUCUGAGGAAGAGAGUGUUCCAUUGCAUUCUGUUUCUUUUCACACUACGUUUUUCAAGAUAGACAAGAUCAAAUAGAAAUAUAUCAGCCUCAUGUUUCUUCAAUUUAUCUAACUAGAGACUAGAGAGAGAGAGAGAGAGAGAAUGUAUGUAUGUAUAAAUAUGCAACUCCAUUAAUUUGGAAUUUCUAAGCUUGAAAUGAAAAAUCUGUUGACACAUUUUUCCCAACAACUAUGAGAUUAGGGAAAGUUAAAUGGCAACAUCUGCUGAGUCAGGCAGAGAUUCAUGAUCCUAUUUACAGUUUCAAGACUUCUUUCAAUUCUAGAUCCUAUGACAUUCUAUUCAAGCAAGCAACUCGAUAAAAAAAAAAAAAAAAA